UCUUGCUGACUUGACAAAGAGUCUCCACCUGAGACAAAUUAUAUAGACAGAUUAUCCAAUUAACCAAUUAUCUCGCAUGUUUAAUCCACUCUAUUACAUCAACCACGAAGCUACAUAAUUUGGAAAUUAUAUUAUAAUUUUUAACUAUUCUGAGAUGUUUUUAUUAGUGAGAAAUAGACACAAAACAGUAAAGCUGAGUGUGUUAAUCCCAGCCGGUUCUCCUCCCAGACGGUCGGGCGUUGUCAGACAGAGUCAGUCCACUGCUGGAGGAGUUAGCUUCAGAGCAGCUAGCCAUGAGCUAACAAGCAGCUAAUUCAACCUCAAACGUCGUAGCGAGCUGAACACUACUUAACCUACCGGAAUUAUCAUUGUUGCAGCUGGAUUUCACGGCCUUCAUUUCACAAUCCUCAAGCUCCACAUUGAACUUUCUACCUUUCACACUCGGAUCUCUCCUGGUGCACGCAGAGCCAUGGCAGCUGCUAAGCCAAAAGGGCAGAACUCUCUAGCCCUGCACAAAGUGAUAAUGGUGGGCAGUGGAGGAGUGGGGAAAUCAGCCCUCACACUCCAGUUCAUGUAUGAUGAGUUUGUUGAAGACUACGAGCCCACCAAAGCAGACAGCUACAGGAAGAAAGUGGUGCUGGACGGAGAGGAAGUACAGAUUGACAUCCUUGACACAGCUGGACAAGAGGACUAUGCAGCCAUCCGAGAUAACUACUUCCGCAGCGGCGAGGGUUUCCUCUGUGUAUUCUCCAUCACAGAACUGGAGUCAUUUGCAGCAACAGUCGACUUCAGAGAGCAGAUUCUGCGAGUGAAGGAGGAUGAGAAUGUGCCCUUUCUCUUGGUUGGGAACAAGUCAGAUUUGGACGACCGACGGCAGGUUAGCGCAGACGAGGCGAAGGCACGCGCCGAGCAGUGGGGCGUGUGCUACGUUGAGACUUCUGCCAAAACCCGUGCUAAUGUUGACAAGGUGUUCUUUGACCUGAUGAGAGAGAUCCGGGCAAGGAAAAUGGAGGACAGCAAAGAGAAGAACGGGAAGAAGAAAAGUAAAAGUUUGGCCAAGAGAAUUAGAGAGAGAUGUUGUAUUUUAUAGUGGUAAAAGAGGAGCAGGGUAGCUGCUUAUGUACAUAUACAUUUCUCAGACUUUUGCAUUUAUUUUGUGCCCAUACCUGACCAUGACUUUCUGUUCCUGGCUAACAGGACAUCUGACCGUGUGUCAGGGAGUAGUAAGGUGGCACUCCAUACACCAUUUAUAGCUCUAACUUUUUAUGUGCUGACACUCCAAAUAAUGUAUGUACUCUCUCUCUUAUUCUGACCACAUUAGAGUGUAAUAAAUGGAUGGUGUUUAAUUUAGGCCUAAGCUUGACAAGAGGCUAAGCCCUGAAAUGUUACGAAACCUUUCAUUGUAAAGUUUGAUGUGUAUAAUAUAUUCAGACAACUGUGCAGUUGAAAAAGAAAAGAUAAAAAAAGUGUCAGAGCCAAGGUUUAAAAUAGAGAAAAUGUAACUGGAGCUUUGGUGGGAAAUGUAAGUGAACAGACUCAGCAGUGUAGUGUCAACCCAGAGUUCAUCAAGUGCCACCAAAAUGUACGUUGCACUGGUGAAUCUAUGAAGCAUUUUAAUUGAAAGAUCGUUAACGAAAAGCCGAAAUUUAAUGCCAUUCCUGUUUGUUGUUUUAGACCUCAAUUUUAUUACCUUAUUUUUAUCUGUGAAGUCGAACUUAUCUCUCUUUUCUUAUCAUAUCGACCGGUCUAAGAUAUAAGCGCACUAAUGUUUCCUUUUUCUUUCCCCUUCGCGUCACUUUGUUGAGUCCUCUCAAACGCACAAACAACAUUAAUCAUUACCCUUAAAUCUGUGAGGGAUUACUACAACACUUGAACUUGUUUUUUUCAGUUAUAACAUUUCAGAAGUUUUACCUCACUCGGCCAACGACUUUCAUUGCCUUUUUUUUAUUUUUUCUGCGAUAAAGGAAUCCCUGGUGCUCCUGAUUAAAAAAGGUGAUUCCAUAACACUACAUCCUUUACAUGUUGUUUUUAAACACAUUAAAGUUGAUAAAAUAAAUUGCUUCCAGUCAUGUAAAGAUUUAUUUUGCCAAUUUUACUUUUCCUGGCUCAGACUUUUAAUCACCAACCUCUUUUUUUACUUAAAUGUAUUUCUUAUUAUGGACUCAAAUAAAUUAAUGGAUCGAUGAAUUUUAAGGCAUUAAAUAUCAAAAAUGAAUGAAGUGUCCAAAAAAGUUGCUCUCAGUCACCAAAGAAAAAUGCUAGCUAGUACAAUUAAGUGCCCACUUAUUACUGGAAGUGAAUGACAACCUGCUAUAGUGAGCAUCAAAAGGAAGCACUGCAGUGUUUGUGUAAAAACUUAAAGUACUUCAUUGUGAACGGCCUGGGAAAGAAAUGCAAGGUUACGUGGGAUUUAGUAAUUCAUCACUGUUGCCUCUCUGUCCAUUGUGAAUGUGAAUAAUCCCCUCCCCCCAGCUCCCCCAUACCCUUCCUGUUUGCCUGUAAUCUUAGCUUGCCAAUGAUGUGCAGAGUUUAGAGGUCAUUGACAUCCUACUUUGUUUACCUUUGUUCCAUUUUGUGCAAGGCUACCUGGUGUUAUAAAGCUAUAGUAACAUGGUAAUGAUCAUUUCCUCUUGCUCCUCAUGAAGAAGUAAUUUCAAGUGAGGAUUAAAGUGUAAAAAAUUGGCAAAAUGGGAGUGCUGUACGUGAACAUAGACUGUAUAUAAAGAUGAAUGACGCAUCUCCACUUCCUCCCACUGUUCAGAAGUGAAGCCAUAAUAUCCCGAUUACGGGAGCUCGCAUGAUGAGCCAGAGUCUGCGUGGUAGUGAUCAGGCGGUUAAGCCGUGGUAUAGGUCACCACCCGAACGAGUCGCAACCAGAGCACAGCUGCCAAUCAUGACGUCUCACCCCCUUUUUAUAGCAUCAAAUAACUAAUUAAAACCAAACUUAUCAGAAAAAAAUAACACUUGAACAACAUCAGAGUGAUUAAAAACUACCUGAAUUGACAGAAACCAUCUUUGGGAAAAAUGUAUUUGCGGUGUACUUUGACUUUUUAGUUUCCCAUCCGCUAACAUGGAAGAGGCAGGAUUUAUGACAUAUACUGCAACCAGCCACCAGGGGGCGAGCAAGGUGUUUUGGCUUCACUUUUAAGGAGCUGUCAUGUUGUCCAUCUUUAUUUACAGUUGGUGCCUUCAAUUGAAACUUGUGAGCUCGUGUUUACAACAUGGGAAGUCGUGUACACAAUAUGCUGGCGUUCAAGUGGUUAAGUCGUAUAGAACACUGCUGCUAAGCAACGGCAACAUUACUGUCGGCGUCUAGAAGCCACAGAGGCUAACAAUUUAGCAAGCAGUUAACAUGAUGUAGUAAAUACAAAGACAUAAUGACAGAGGCCAUGACAAUAUAUUCACUUAUGUACCCUUUCUGACAACGUCAACAAACACGUCACAGUGCGGGAACUCUGAGCUUUCAGAAACGUUCCACUUUCGUGGUAGUGAAUACCACAAGAGGGGGGGAACACGGUAAACACGACCCCAUUUGAAGGCACCGAGUCUAUGUACGUGAUUAACAGCUAAAUUGCAUAGACCAAAACACACUGUGAAAUCUGCCCCUCCACUCUCCUAGCUCCCCUUUAUGACUGAGCCACUCUUUUUUUUAUUUUAUUUUAACUUAUUUAAAAUAACUUAUUUAAUUAUGUUUCAAAGUCUGACCACCAUCCAGAGGUGGUUUUCCAUGUUUCACUCUUAUCCAGCUCACCAUUUUACAUAAAAGGAUCUCCUCAACAAAUAGGGUGCCCAACACUGGAGUCUAUGCAAAAAAUAUGAUUGUUGUAAUUGCAAAGAGGAAGAGAAUAUGAAACAAAACAGUGUCAGUGAGAAGCAUUUAAUGCAGUUUGGAGCUCUGAAAACUGUUUUUGUAUUUGAAAACAUUGUCUCAUUGAUUCCCUGAGAACACUAAAUAACUCCUGGCUUUGAUUACAGGCUUUUGUUUGUCAUAUGUCAGCGUGUUUAAUUGUACAAAAAAAAUCACAUUAAUGCAAAAGAAUGUCCGUGGUAUUUGUUGUUAAAUGAAAAGCACACAGUAGAGAAAGAUAUGUGACUCGAACCCAAAAAUGUUGGGAACUCCGUGGCAUGAGAAUGUUUAGAAAGUAGUUUGGGUUAAUAUGUUAUUAAGGGCUAACCUCCAGUACACCAUACCAUGAUAGAAACACACCUUAAAGUUAAAGUGACAGGCACAGAAUCUGAAUCCCAGUCUGUUAUAGCAUACCUUCGUCAGCUUAUGGCCAUUACAUUAACUGCUGUGAGGCUGCUAUACUUAAACCAUAGUGCUUGCUUACUCUAACAUGCAGUCUUAUUCUUGUUUUAGAAGCAAACAUUCAUGUCUUCGUCUUCAUGCUAAUAGACGUGAUGGCCCUUUCAGCGGGAUUCAAGUGGUGAUACUAAAACAGAUAUUUGUGUGAAAGCUAUGAGCAACCUGUCCUCCUGGGUAUUCAAAUAACUUGCCUUUUAUAUAAAUACCCUUGGAAUAAAGAGUAGAUAUAUACGUCUUUGAUUGGAUGGUUGUAUGUUUGCCAUCAAUUUCCUCCAUGUUUACUUCUUUUGAACGUAACCACUAAUGUAGCCUAUCUGUUUGUGAAUGGAAGAGGUGAAGCUUACAUUUCAAUUUAUUAUUUUUUUGUUUGUUUGUGAGUUAUUUGGAAAUGGCAAAAUAAAGUGGAUAUUACUAAUAACAUUU